AAAUAAUAUCUAGGAACCCUCUCUCACCCCUCUCCUCCUCCUCCUCCUCCUCCUCUUCUGCCCCUCUACUACACCUCAACACCACCAACAAUGGCCUCCACCAUCUCCUCCUCACUCUACACUACUCCAUCAUACCUCCCCUUCUCUCUGAAUCAAGCCCCAUCCCCUUCUCUUUCUCCUUCUGCUUCUAAGUUCUCAGUGUUAUCAAAAAGGAGGCAAUUCUCGAUACUUUUGCAGCCCCGCGCCUCCGCCAGUUCGCAGAAGACGCCGCCUCCCGGGGCGGCGGCUGCUGGGGCUGUGCGUGGCGACGAGCGCCUCCGGCAGGUGCACAGCAUUGCCGAGUUCGAGGAGGCGCUGCGGUCGGCGAAGAACCGGCUGGUGGUGGUGGAGUAUGCGGCGAGCCACAGCGCGAACAGCCAGCGGAUGUACCCGUUCGUGGUGGAGCUGAGCCGGGCGUGCGGGGACGUCGACUUCCUGCUGGUGAUGGGGGACGAGUCGGAGCAGACGCGGGCGCUGUGCCGCCGCGAAGGCAUCGACCGCGUCCCGCACUUCGCCUUCUACAAGGGCAUGGAGAAGGUGCACGACGAGGAGGGGAUCGGCCCCGACCAGCUCGCCGGCGACGUCCUCUACUACGGCGACAGCCACUCUGCCGUCGUGCAGCUGCACUCGCGGGCCGACGCCGACCGCCUCAUCGACGACCACCGCGGCCCUGCCGGCAAGCUCCUCGUGCUCGACGUCGGCCUCAAGCACUGCGGGCCCUGCGUCAAGGUAUAUCCGACGGUGGUAAAGCUAUCCAGGUCGAUGGCAGACACGACGGUGUUCGCGAGGAUGAACGGCGAUGAGAAUGAAAGCUGCAUGGAGUUCCUCAAGGCCAUGGAUGUGGUGGAGGUGCCCACUUUCUUAUUUAUAAGGGAUGGUAAAAUAAGUGGGAGGUAUGUGGGUUCAGGAAAAGGAGAGCUUAUUGGGGAGAUCCUUAGAUACCAAGGAGUAAAAGUUACUUAAAUUAUCACCAACAUGAACACAUAGAUAUACUAAUGAUUGGUUCUCUUUUCUUGCUUAUUUUUGUGGGUUUUAGACAACGAUUGAGAAAGAUUUAGAAUUAUAAAUUGUACCACUAAUGGACUAUGGACUAAUGUGAUAAUAUGAUGUAUUCAUCAUUUAUAUAUUAAAAAAGAAAGGUUAUUUGCA